AUGGCCCAGCGGCCAUCAGUGCCAAUCGCUAUUAUCGGGAACUAUAUCUCUCGUCGUCGACAAGUCUCUCUGGAAGAGGCCGAAGCUCUAGCCCAAGGCUUAAAAUGCAGAUUUCUUGGAGAAGUACAUGCUAUUCGCGAUGGACCUUACUCAUACGCCGAUGGAACUUUAGAAUCCAUCCUGAAUCUCUAUAGGGACGCGUUUUUUGGCGACUUCGACAGCGAAACUGGCGAACAUCGAAAGGAGAAGGAAUUCAAAGGCGAAGUUCUGUCAUCUGGACUGAAGGACAUAGCCAAACAGAAACGCCACAAACUGGCGAACAUCUUUAUGAAUCCCAAACCACCGAAAUAUCGCUCCUCAACGAGCUUGGGGGGAAUCGCGACUGGCUGCAGCCCUCGUAGCGUUGUCGGCGUUGGUGGGGGUAACAGGUGCGCCCAUCGCCCCGUUUGCUGCACCGAUAACAAGUUCAGCGAGUGCCUCCCCCUGUGA